AUGGCGCCCCCUACGGAUAGAGACCAGAUCCUUGCCGGCCUUCGGGCCCGGAUCGCCGCCGGCAAGGCCAUAGUCGGAGCCGGCGCCGGCAUUGGUCUGUCCGCCAAGUUCAUCGAGGCCGGCGGCGGUGAUCUCAUCAUCAUUUACAACAGCGGUCGCUUCCGGAUGGCCGGUCGGGGGUCGCUGUCCGGGCUGAUGCCGUACGGAGAUGCCAACGGCAUAGUGGUUGAAAUGGCAAAUGAAGUGAUUCCCGUCGUCAAGAAGACGCCCGUCAUUGCUGGCGUAUGCGGCACAGACCCUUUCCGCAAUAUCCCGGCCUUCCUCAAGCAGCUCCGCGACCUCGGCUUCGCCGGCGUCCAAAACUUCCCCACCGUCGGCCUCAUUGACGGGCAGUUUAGGGCCAAUCUGGAAGAGACAGGGAUGGGCUACGAUCUCGAGGUGGACAUGAUCCGUCAGGCUCGCUCGCUCAACAUGCUCACGACGCCAUACGUGUUCAACGUGGAGGAGAGCGAGAAGAUGGCGCGCGCGGGAGCCGAUGUCCUGGUUGCGCACAUGGGCCUCACGACGAGUGGCUCCAUCGGUGCUGCGACGGGCAAGACGCUGGACGAGUGCGUCAAGCUGAUUCAGGAGAUCCGCGAUGCAGCUGUCAAGAUCAAUCCGGAUGUCAUUGUGCUGUGCCACGGAGGGCCGAUUGCGGCACCAAAGGACGCCGAGUAUGUGCUCAGCCGGACGAAGGGUGUUCACGGCUUCUACGGGGCGAGUUCGAUGGAGAGAUUGCCGGUGGAGACGGCGAUUACAGAGAUUACAAGGAGCUUUAAGAAGCUGAAGCCAAAGUUGUAA